AACCAACAUUUAUUUAUUUUUAUUUUCCCCAAAUGGCAGCUGCAAAGAAAAUAAAUGCGGCUUUACGCGAUCCCACCGCUCCAGGAUACAAUGUUGCACGCGAUCCUACCCUGGUGCGCAAUCGUAUAUUUGUCGGAAACCUUCCAAGCUGCACGCGAGAGGAGCUUGAAAGUAUUUGCCAUCCGUAUGGCAAAGUAAUUGGGUCCUUGGUUCAAACUCAUUUUGGUUUUGUACAAUUCGAGUCGGAGGAGGUAGCCGAUAAAUGUGCAGCGGCCCUAAACAAGUCCAUUUUCAAAUCCAAUGCAUUAACAGUGCGCAACGCAAGCGUCAAAGCUUGGCCCAGUCAGAGUGGCAAAAAGGGCCUGCAAAACACAAUAGCCGGCAUUGGUGUUGGAGCCAAUACAGUAGGACCAACAGUAAAUACUGUUCAAUGUGUGCCCGCUCCUUCAGAAGUCGUUCCCAUUAAUGAUUGUGAGAUCAUUGUGGUUAACCGAGAAAACACUAAAUACGCAGAAUUUGUUGAAGAACGUCUUACGCAGGCUGGUAUGCUUGUAGAUGUGCUUUAUCCCAACGAGGACGUAAUGCUGGGCAAGGUUUUGGCAAACAUUUCAGCCCGUGGUUGCCUUUACGCGGUUCUGGUGACGCCUCAGCAUCAAAAGCUAAACAGCAUUACCGUAAAUAUUCUGUAUGGGGUGCCGGCAGAGCAUCGUAAUAUGCCUGUGGAGGAUGCCAUCACAUUAAUUGCCACUGACUUUCGAUUGAAAAAGCAUCGGGACAAUGCAAUGCCAAAAAAUGCACCACCGCCGCCACCACAGCCCCCUCAAAAGAUUAUUCAGCAUCAGUACCGACAUCCGGAACCCAUGCAGCAGCUAUUAAACCUGUUGGCCGAUAAUCGAGCGUUACGGUCAUUUGAAUAUGAAACCCUAAUCAAAUAUUUACAGGAGAGGCAUGUCAAACAAUUAGCCGUGGAGCAUGGAGAGGCAAAAUUACAAGAAAUUGAUCCGGAAAUUGAGUUGCAAAAGAAGAUUCUUAGUAUCAUGAAUAAACCUUCGGUGACCGAUAUCAAUUAUGAACUCAUGUAUCCCACUUUUGAGGCGGCACGGGAGGACACAAGGCUAAUUCAAUUGUUGGAGGAUCCACGCGUAUUCGCUGCUUUGGAAAGUAUUUACGACUCCGAUUUGACGGACACAAUAGCAAAGUACCUUUAAAAACAUCAUCGCAUUUUAUUAUAUUCACUGUAAACAUUUACAUAUUUAAUUAAAACAUU